AUGCUGGGAGCAGCAGCACCCCCUCGCAUUGCCCCUUGUUCAAUUUGCAGCAGCACCAGCGGCAGCAGCUGCGUCUGCUGCCCUCAGGGUAUAUGUGAGGGGCCCCCGGCACUGCUAUCUGCUGCAGCAGCAGAAGCAACAGCAGCGCUGCUGCAGCAGCAGCAGCAAUGGAGGCGCGUUGCUUUGCUGCUGCCGCAGGAUAAUCUUGGAGAAGCUGCAGACUUUCUUGUGGCCUUCAGAAACAAGUGGACUCAGCAGCAGCAGCAGAAGCAGCAGCAGCAGCAGCAGCAGCAACAGCAGCAGCAGCAAGCUGCAGAAGCACAUGUUGACGCCGGCAGCAAACGGCCCGAUACAGCAGGAGCGACACAUCUCCAGCAGCAGCAACAGCAGCAACAGCAGCAGCAACAGCAACAGCAGCAGCAGCAGCAGCAGUUGGAUCCCCCCUUUAUCUAUUUCGUUUCGGAGCGUCCGUCUGGUUAUUGCUGCAGCGAUUUGAGUGGUGCUGCUACGCUUUCACCUGAUUUGCUGCUGUCUGCUGCUGCUUCCUGCUGCUGCUGCCAGCCUGCUGCUGCUGUUCCCCGACCUCUUCUUUUUACCUCUCCAAGAGCUUUCUUCAGCGUCUCUCAUUGUGCAGCAGCAAUAGCAAAGAAGUACUUUGCUGCUGCUGCUGCUGCUGCUGCACCUGCUGCUGCUUCGAGUGAUGCAGCAGGAGCAUCAGCAACAGCAGCAGCAGGUGGAGGAAGAAUAGCAGCUGCAGCAGCAGCAACAGCAGCAGCAAAGACAGCUCUAGUGUUGUUUUUAGACUCCCCAGUGCAGCAUAGCUUAGGGUGUUUGCUGCGGCAUCUGCUGCAGCUGCUUGGUGAUGCAGCAGAUGCUGCAGCAGCAACUGCUGCUUCCAGCAUCAGCACCACACCAGCACGCUCUCUCUCCCCUACUGGCAGCACCACUCCUGCUGCUGCCGCUGCUGCUGCUGCUGCUGCUGCUGCUGCUGCUGCUGCUGGUAGCUGCGCAUGCACUUGGAAAGACACGGGGCUGUACGUUGCUCUGUCCCCUUGUAUGCUGCUGCCGGCUUCAGAUUUUGCUGCUGCUGCUGCUGCUUCUGCAACAGGAGAACUCGCAGCAGCAGCAGCAGCUGUUGCUGCUGCAGCGCCAACAGCAGCAACAGCAGCAGAAUCUCCAACAGCAGCAGACACUCUCAUUGGAGGCCGCUGCGGUGAGGCGUGUGCGGAGCAAACUACUGCAUGCUUGCUGCUGCAGCAGCGCCAGGUGCAGCAGCAGCAGCAGCAGCAAGAAGAGCAGCAGCUGCCGUUGCUGCUGUCUGAUGCAGCACAGCAGCAAUAUGCAGAGUUGUUUAAACUUCCAGGGAUGCGUUCAUCUCAGAUUUGUUUCCUGAGGCCCUGCGAGCUGCCAGCAGCAGCAACAGCAGCAACAGCAGCAGCAGCAACUGCAGCAACAGCAGCAGCAGCAGCAAAAGUAGGAUUCAAGGGGCAGCUAGUGAGCAUUCAAGCGCAGCAGUUUCUCCGCGUCUGCUGCCGCAUAUUAUUUCGUGUCUAUAGAAGACCAGAUGAUGGGGCUGUAGGCCUAGCACCAGUGCUGCAGCAGCAGCAGCAGCAGCAGCAGCAGCAGCAAGGAAAGCUCAAGCUACCUGAGCCCUCUACCUUGCCGCAGCAAUUAGGUGCUCAAGUCUUACUCGUUUAUAUCGGCCCAACCAGCGGGAAAGAAGAGCAGCAGCAGCAGCAGCAGCAACUGCAGCAGCUGCAGCAGCUGCAGCAACAGGGCGAAAAGAACAGCAAGUGCGCAUGCACUCAGCUGCAGCAGCAGCACAGGACGCUUGCAGAGACAAUUGAAGAAACACCCCCAUCGCCGCUGCUGCAGCGGCUGCUGCUGCGGCAUGGCAGCAGCUGCAGCAUCUUUUCUAUAGACAUGUUGCUGCAGCAGCAGCUACUGCUGCUGCUGCAGAAGCAGCAGCAGCAGCGGCAGCAGCCAGAGGGAUGCAUGUGCUUGUUUGCCUCAUCAGACACAGCUGAAGCAAGCAUAACCAGCAUCUUUUCGAGCAGCAGCAGCAGCAGCAGCAGCAGCAGAAACAGCAGCAGCAGCAGCAGCAGGGAUGGCAACGGUAGCAGCUGCUCCUGCUGCAGCAGCGGCAGCUGUUGCGCAGAUCUGCUGCUGGAUGAAGGUCCUCGUGUGUCUGCACUUCUCGGGCGUCAGUUUGCUGCAUCAGCAAAGCUAGCAGCAGCAGCAGCAGCAGCAGCAAAAGCAAAACAAGCAGGUAUUGCUGCUGGUUCUCAGCUCUCGCUGCUGCUUGUAGGGCAGCAAACGUAUGCCUCGUUGCUGCUACACCGUCAGCUGCUGCGGCUCAUAAGACAGCGUCUAGCAGCAGCAGCAGCAGCAGAAGAGCAGAAGAGCAGCAGCAGCAGCAGCAGCUCGUGGGAGGAAGCAGACGAGUCAGAUGAAGAGGAGGAAGAUGAACAGCAGCAGCAGCAAGUGCUGCAGCUGCUGCAGCAGGCGUGUAUAUCUGUGGCUGUAGGAGAUGUUACAGCAGCAAAGCUAUAUAAUUACAGUGAAGUCGGAGGCUUCUGCAUGCUGGGGUGUACAGACAGCUGCCUGAUGCUGCAGCAGCAGCAGAAGCAAAUAGGGUAUAGUGGUGUGCUGCUGCUGCCAAUCGAUAUAUUAAUUGCUUUAGGUGUAGCAUCGCUAUCUCCUCAUAGACUUGUAGAUGCAGAAGAGCUGCUGCCGCUGCUGCUGCAGCUUGAACAGCAGCAGCAGCAGCAGCAGCAGCAACUGCAGCAGCAACAGCAGCAGGGGGAAAACGAAACACAGCCGCAAUCUGAUGCUGCGCUGGCACUCCGCAGCAGCAGCAGCAGCAGCAGCAGCAACAGAGCGCUUGUUUCUGCUUUCUCUAUGCAGUCGCUGCUGCAGCAAGGCCAGAGAAGUUAUAAAGGAGUGCUUUACAGUAGGCAGCAACAGGAAGGUGAACAGCAGCAGCAGCAGCAGCAGCAAGAACAAAUCCUGCAAGGCAGAUCAGGUGUUGCUAGCGGGUACGAAGAAGAGCAGCAGCACCAGCAGCAGCAGAAGUAG